AUGAUAGACCUCCUGGAAGUGAAAAGACGCUACGAAGCCGUGCUGGCAGUUGAAGAUAGCAGAGACAAAAUCCUCCAGAAUCUAUUUGCCCAAGUUGAAAGCCUGCAGAAGGCUCUCCAAAAUACACUUGGUGAUGCCAAAUUCCAAGAACUGAAAAAAUACAAGACAGAGUACGACGAUUUGCGACUUGACCAGGCCAAGUUGAGUUUUGUUUCUGUGCUUGUCGAUGGUGACUGCAUGAAUUUCAACGAUGCUCUCAUCCGACAAGGCUACAACGGCGGGCGCAAGGCUGCCAUGCUUCUUCGAAAGUCUGUCGAGCGUCACAUUCGUGAUAUCGACCCUCAAGCCAGUCCGAACAUCCAAUACCGAAUUCGAGUGUACGCCAACGUUCCAGGUCUGAUGAAAACGUACCGGGAAGCACACAUCCUGCGUUCGAAUGAAGCGCUAGAUCCAUUCAUUCGGGGGUUCAAUAUGGAGAACAGCUUGUGUGAUUUCAUCGAUGCGGGAAACGGCAAGGAGUGUUCAGAUGUCAAGAUACGGGCAAUGUUCGAACAAGACAUUCUAGACGUCCACUGCCGUCGCAUCGUCUUCUGUGGCUCCACCGACAAUGGCUACGCACGCAUCCUCGGCUCCCACCAGGGGUCCAACCGCAUCUCGCUCGUCCAGGGAGCACCCUUUGCAUGGGAAAUGGAGCAGCUUGCGAGCGAGUUCCAAACCACAUCCUUUCCCGAGGUCUUCCGAUCCACGAAGCUCCCCUCCCGAGCAUCAUCCUUCAGCGCAUUCAAAACAGCAUCCGCCAACUCCUCACCCAGCAGCUCCCCAACCAGCCUCAGCACGCCCUCAACGCCUAAACGCAACUAUGCCACAAUCGCCAAGUCGAAUCUCCAGGCGACAUCUCCCACCAGAACAAACAGAUCCAAGCGGUCCAAAAUCUCAGUAAUAACAUUCGAUAUCUCCCCCUCCUCAACAGCAAGAGCCAGCGAGUCGAUCCGCCACCCCGGGCCAGCAGAAAAGACAAUUACGAAAGACUACGAAGGUCAAAAUACUGCAGUAGAUAUCAUAUUCUGGGAGAGUGUCCCCUUGGCGAUGAGUGCGGGCACAGACACGGACGCCGACUGGGAUCUAGGGAUGUUCAUGACCUUUGGUGUGUUACGCGAACGUGCGUCUGUCCGAAUGAUAUCUGGUGUACGGAUCCCAAGUGUAUCUGUGGACAUCAGUGUCCGUGGGAAAAUCAGCAAGGGCAUUGCAGUGGAGAUUGCAAGUUUCCCGAGUCUAUGCAUGGGGUUGAUAAGUCGGUUGCAGUGA